CAGCUCCCACCUGGGCCAGCACCUCCGCACGGAGUACAGAGAGGAGUUCAGGUAUUAUGUGAAGCUGCCCUGUGUGGAGGAGAAGUUGCCCCCCGACUACCCCAUCAGCCAGCCUGCUCUACGCCUCGUCUCUCAACUGCUGGGACUUAUCAUACAGAAGUCCUGACCACAUACACCACAUGAAUUUCCUUGAUUCAUAGACAGAAGUACUUAUUGUCAUAUAUUUUUUAGAAGUAUACUGUAUAUCCGGGUUUCUUAAACUAUGGGUCGGGACCCAAAGUGGGCCCUGUGCAUGUGAGAUGUGGGUAGUGAGAUAUGAGAAUACAGCUACAAUCACAUUUCUUCUUAAUUUGGGUCGUUGGGGGACGAUUUGGGUCACAGCGGAUGGUCAAUUGGAUGGUCAUAUACUCUAUCAAACUCUCACAGAACAUAGGGACAGGACAUUGCUCUGGGAAGGUGUGCCUUUGUCUGAGUGGUGUGUGCUUUCUGAAGGACCUUAGAAGUUUCCCUUUACACCUGGUGAGAGGUACGAUGCGAGGCAUCUCUCUCUCCUCUUCUCUCCUACACAUGGCCUUGUUCUCAGGUUAACUGUCAUGUAAUGGCAGUCAGAAUGGUCAGAUUGGUUGUAAUAAAAAUGAAUCAAUGUAAUCAAGAUACUGCAUAAUUCACUUUCUAGGAUAUUCAGCUUACACUAGAAAUGAAUAAAAAUGCCACUUGUUGAGCAAAAGGCAUGUUCCAAAGAUGUACCUUAUUACUGUAGUAAAUUAUAUAGGCCUACUGAUUUGUAAGACCCUGUGUUCAGUAUUUACUUAAGACAUAUUUAGACGUAUUUACUUCUGUUUUGAUUCAGAAUUGUAUGCAUUUAUUUAGAUUUUAUUGUAUAUCAUCGUCUGAGUACUCUCUGUGAGCGAAGGAUUGUAACCAAAGGUUUUCUAGAACUUAACGUUGUUAAAUGGCCUAAAAUAAAGAUACUGCCAGCUCUAUUGUUUAUAUCUUGUUUCGCGCAGCUUCGCGGGAGACAACAUCCAUACUAUUUGGAAAUAAAACCUACAGGUUAUGUAAUGUCCCCCACAUAUAUAAUUCGUCAUCAUCAACUUAAAAAUUGUCAUUUGAAAGUAUUUGAUCCAGCCCCAAGUAUGAGCAGAACUGUCUAUUGCCUUCUACAAUGAUCCACGGACCAAUAUUAGCGACGGACCGGAAGCAGCAUGGACUGAGGAUUUCGGUUUCUGCAUCAUUCUGUCUGUCCACUUUACUGCCAUAAAGUACGUCCAGCAAACAGAGGGGAUGUUGAGAAACGGAGCAGCACAGGUUUUCAGACAGCUGAUUAGACACCAGUCUACAGACACCAGCCUGAUCCUGGAGAGAUCGAUUAACCGUGUCCAGCUGCUGGGCCGCGUGGGGCAGGACCCUGUCAUGAGACAGGUGGAGGGACGGAACCCCGUCACCAUUUUCUCCAUGGCAACCAAUGAGAUGUGGCGCUCCGGGGACGUGGAGACGUCCCCCGCAGGAGAUGUCAGCCAGAAGACGACGUGGCAUCGUGUGUCAAUCUUCAAGCCUGGUCUGAGGGAUGUGGCCUACCAGUAUGUCAAGAAAGGGUCGAGGGUUCUGGUGGAGGGGAAGUUGGAUUACGGGGAGUACGUAGACAAGAACAACGUCAGACGCCAGGCUACCACCAUCAUUGCAGACAACAUUGUAUUCUUAAGCGACAACAUUCGAGGGAGGGACCAAUGAAGGAAGUGGCACUCUUCAUCUAGGAGGAAGACUGAAGCUCUUUCUGUGUAGCUACUCUAGUGUCUAUAUAUCAACUGACUGUUGGAGCUGUGUGCCUGCUAUCUAAAUGGGACGGCACACAGAGUAAAACCUCUCUGUUGACUGUAGAGAAUGAUAGAGGACUAUCUGUCCCUUGUCGGUGAGUGCACGGGCAGCUCCAUUGAGUCCAUCUCCAUUUUGAAGUAGUCAAUUUUCUUCUACUACUUCUGAGUUGGUAAACAAACUGAAAGGGUUUGUACUGCCACCUAGGGUGUGUUGUUGGAACAGGUAUAAACCCAAGGUUGGGGAUAACCUGCAGUUAUGGAAUGUUUGCUCACGAGUAUAAUUAAUUGGCUGAUGACCUGGAUUGAAUUAUGUGAUCCUUCCUUAACCCAUAGGAGGUACCAUCCAAUUGACUACUUCAAAAUGGUCAAUGUCCUCAAUGGCACUGUCCAUGCUAAAACAUGCUUAUGAGUAUUAAAGUACUCUAUCAUUCUCUGAGUGCGCCAGGGUAUACCUAAACGUGUGGUUACACGUAUGUAUUUUAGCCACCAAAAUUAUGUUACUAAUCUUAGUUUACGCUCAUUUGUGGUAUUAUUGGUGGAGUACAACUAAUGGAACUGCAGUUCAAUGCAGGAAGAAAAGGAUCAUGCCUUAAAGGUGAGGACUUACGCUUGUUUCCCCAGAGAAGCCAAAUCACAGAUGAGAAAAAUAAAUGGGUGAUGUGUGACUGACAUAAGGCUGAACCCAAAACUAUGACUGUGCCAGUUUCAUAUUGAAUGUUAUACCACCUGUUUUCUUCUAAGCAUGUCUUUCUGUUCUAUUUCAAAGAUAGUUUGAAACUUGUAACUAUUUGUUUAUUUUCGGUUUCAUUCCACUUUAAAGUUGUUGUUUUUUCCCUUCGGAAACCAGACACCAGAUUCUCACCUCCAUUCUGUCUGGGCAAAUGUUGUACGCAUGUUGUUUUAAUGUACUUGUAUGUAUCAUGUAGAAUAUAAAAAAUCUUCCCACCAGAA